GUUUUGGAUCUGCUAAGUAAUCAAAACUAAAUAAUCGCAUACCUUAAUGACUUACGUUGUAAACUAUACUGUUAUUGUUUUUUUGUAGAAAAAAUCAUCUUUUGCAGCAUAUUCCUUAUGCGUUAUUCGUUUAAGCCGUAACAGGAGGGGUGAGCAAAAAAUCGCACCGAUCGACCCCGGGGAAAGGGAAUGUCCAAAUUUUUCAACAACAUUACAACUUGUUCUUCUUCUUCUACUUCUUCUUCUUCAGCAGCAAUGACUACAAUUGAAAAGAAACCAAUCAACUUCUCCAAUAUCUUAUUGGGGGCAGGAUUAAACAUGGCUGAAGUCACCAGUUUGGGACAGCCAUUGGAGGUUAUUAAAACCACCAUGGCAGCUAAUAGAUCAUUGAGUAUUUUCCAAGCCGGUAAAUUAGUUUGGAGUCGUGGUGGUCUUUUCGGGUUUUACCAGGGAUUAAUACCUUGGGCCUGGAUUGAAGCCUCGACCAAAGGUGCAGUGUUGUUAUUCGUUUCUGCUGAAGCAGAAUAUCAAUUUAAAAAAUUAGGAUUGAAUAAUUUCGUUAGUGGAAUGGGUGGUGGUAUUAGUGGUGGGUUAGCCCAAGCAUACUUAACCAUGGGGUUUUGUACUUGUAUGAAAACCGUUGAGAUCACCAGAGCCAAACAAGUAGCCACUGCUGGAGUUCCCAAACAAACUAGUUUCCAAGUAUUCCAAGAUAUUUAUAAAAAAGAAGGUAUCAGAGGAAUCAAUAAAGGAGUCAACGCAGUUGCCAUUAGACAGAUGACCAAUUGGGGGUCGAGAUUCGGAUUAUCCAGAUUAGCAGAGGAAGCAAUUCGUAAAAUCACCAAGAAGGGAGAAAAUGAUAAAUUAAAUGCCAUCGAAAAAAUUGCUAGUUCAGUAAUUGGUGGGGGGUUAAGUGCUUGGAACCAGCCAAUUGAAGUCAUUAGAGUUGAAAUGCAAUCAAAGACAAAAGACCCAAAUAGACCGGCCAAAUUAGGUGUCGGGAGUGCUUUCAAGUAUAUUUACCAAAACAAUGGUAUUAAAGGUCUAUACAGAGGGGUGACUCCUAGAAUUGGUUUAGGGGUUUGGCAAACGGUGUUUAUGGUUGCCUUUGGUGACAUUUUCAAAAAAUUAUUAAACGCAGACGGUGCUGGCCAUUAACAACUAGAGAGUCUUAUAUAAUUCUUAAUAUAAAAAACCUUGAUAACAGUAUAAUUGUUGCAAACGGUAGCAAUCGGUAUUCCGGUAUCCCGAGGUUGGACCAAAUACAAUAGAGCACAAAGAGAAAGAUAACUAUUACUGCAGUCACGUGAACGCAGUCACGUGACGACAAGACAAAAAUUGAACACAACAAUACGCCCAUGGAAUCCUUACGCUUGUUGGGAAACCACCCAUCAGUAGAUAAUAAUACCAUUCAGUAGAUAAUACCAUUCAAGAGAUAAUGAAUAAGCAAUCAAGACCCUGGACAAUAGAUAUUGUUGAUUCUUCUUUAGGCCACACUCUGUAUAUAACCUGUAGAUGAUUUGCAAUUAUCCGCCUGUUCGCUACAUCCCUUAACCUUUAGCCCCAAUAAAACACCCAAAGAAAAGAAAAGCUCAUCAAAAAAGAAAAAACAGCCGAAAAAUAACCAAAA